CUCCUCCCCUCCCCGGCUCACUCCCUGUCUGCUCUCAGCUGCUGAAGGAUGGCCACUGUGGUCGAGCCGGGGCCGGACACUGAGCCCAUCCUCAACCCUUCUUCUACCACCACCUCCUCCUCCCCCAGCCUGUCCCACAGGUUCCUGGACAGCAAAUUCUACCUGCUGGUGGUGAUCGGGGAGAUUGUGACAGAGGAGCACCUGAGGGGUGCCAUAGCCAAUAUAGAGAGAGGUAUCCGAUCAUGGGACACAAAGCUCACUGAAUGCAACUUAGACCAAGAAUUGAAGCUGUUUGUAUCCCGUCACUCUGCUAGAUUUUCUCCAGAAGUUAGAGGUCAAAAAAUUCUUCACCACAGAAGCGAUGUCUUAGAAACUGUAGUUUUAAUUAAUCCUUCAGAUGAAGCUGUCAGUACAGAAGUGCGAUUAAUGAUCACAGAUGCUGCAAGACACAAACUUUUGGUGUUAACCGGACAGUGUUUUGAAAACACCGGCGAACUUAUCCUUCAGUCUGGAUCUUUUUCUUUCCAAAAUUUCAUUGAGAUCUUUACAGAUCAAGAGAUUGGUGAACUAUUGAGCAAUACACACCCUGCAAACAAAGCAAGUCUUACACUCUACUGCCCUGAAGAAGGACACUGGAAGGAUUCCAAUUUGGACAGACACAAUCUUCAAGACUUCAUAAACAUCAAACUUAAUUCCUCAUCAGUUUUGCCUGAAAUGGAAGGACUUUCUGAAUUCACAGAAUACCUUUCAGAGUCAGUAGAAAUACCAUCACCUUUUGAUAUCUUAGAACCACCCACAUCCGGAGGCUUCUUGAAGCUCUCAAAGCCAUGCUGUUAUAUAUUCCCUGGGGGUAGGGGAGAUUCUGCUUUGUUUGCAGUGAACGGAUUUAAUAUGCUUGUUAAUGGUGGAUCUGAAAGAAAAUCUUGCUUCUGGAAACUCAUUAGACAUUUAGACAGAGUGGAUUCUAUAUUGCUUACACAUAUUGGAGAUGACAACCUGCCAGGUAUUAACAGUAUGCUUCAAAGAAAGAUGGCUGAACUGGAAGAGGAACAGUCUCAAGGGUCAACAACUAACAGUGACUGGAUGAAAAACCUAAUCUCUCCAGACCUUGGGGUCGUGUUUCUCAAUGUACCAGAUAAUCUGAAAAACCCAGAACCAAAUUUUAAAGUUAGAAGAAGCAUAGAGGAAGCUUGCUCUACUCUUCAGUACUUAAAUAAACUCUCCAUGAGGCCGGAACCUCUAUUCAGAAAUGUAGGAAACACAAUUGAGCCCAUUAUUUUAUUUCAGAAAAUGGGUGUAGGAAAACUUGAGAUGUAUGUGCUGAACCCAGUAAAAGGUAGUAAAGAAACCCAGUAUUUUAUGCAGCAGUGGUCAGGUAGCAAUAACGAUAAAGCUGGCUUAGUGCUUCCUAAUGGUCAGGAAGUUGAGAUCCCAGUUAAUUACUUAACUUCAAUUUCUUCCCUUAUCGUAUGGCAUCCAUCAAAUCCUUUAGAAAAAAUAGUUAGAGUUUUGUUUCCAGGAAAUACAACUCAAUACCAGAUACUCGAAGGACUUGAAAAGCUUAAACAUCUAGACUUUCUGAAACAGCCCGUGAUAACACAGAAGGAUCUAAGUGACUAUAUAUCAAGCCCUGCUGUAAAACAGACAAAGAUUAAGCAGAGAGCAGAAAGCAAGGAGAGCUUAAAAAUGUCCUCAAAAGCAACAUCCAGUAAACCUAAUAAAAAGGAAUCUAAAGAAGAGCCAGCUGACAUAGUCAAAAGCCAACUUGAUCAAUCAGAAAAAGUGGAGAGCAAGGACAAAACUUUAGUGAAAAAGGUUCAGAAAAUUGAGGCAAAGUUCUCAACAGAGAAAAAUGCUGUGAACAAAGAAGAAUCAAUAAUUAAGCCAGAAGUGGCAGAGAAACAGAAAACAGAUGUGAAACCCAAAGCUGUUAAAGAAAAAGCAGUGAAAAAAGAAGUUAAGGCAAAACCUGAAGACGUGAAAAAAGAAACCACAAAGAAAGAAGAAAAAAUGCCGGUUAAACACAAAAAGGAAAUUAAAGAAGAUAAACCUAAGAAAGAUAUAAAGGAAGAGAAACUCAAAAAAGAGGUUAAAGAAGAUAAAUCAAAAAAGGAGGAUAAACCUAAAAAAGAGGCCAAAAAAGAGAUCAAAAAGGAAGAAAAACAUGAAAUAAAAAAAGAAGUGAAAAAAGAAACACCUCAGAAAGAAGUGAAAAAGGAGGUAAAAAAAGAGGAUAAGGAAAAAAAGGAAGAGAAAGAUGCCAAAAAAGAGGUUAAAAGGCCCGCUAAAGAGUCAAAGAAAAUAGCAGCAACACUGGAUGCUAAAAAGCCUGCUGUUAAGGCAAAGGCUCAAAAGAAAGAAGAAUCUGUGAUUAAAGAAUCAGCAGUUCCAGUCAAGUCAAAGGACAAAACAAAGGUAAAUAAGAAAGUAACUGAGAAGAAGUCCUUGGCAGCUACAGGGGCAGCUGCUGUCACUGCAGCUGUUGCAGCAACAGCCUCCGUUGCUGCUUUAGCUAUAGCAACUGGAAGUAUAGAUAAAAUGGUGGCAGAAAGAUCCCUCAUGUCAUCUCCUGAAGAUUUAACAAAAGACUUUGAAGAGCUUCAGAAUGAAGGCAUCAUAAAUGAAGAACUGAAAUCCCACCUUCAAGCCCUGUCACCCAUAGAUGAACCUGUCAUAGUACAAACUGAAUCUUACACCAUCAAAAAUGAAAACACUAGCAGUGAACAACCCGCAGACUCACCAGAUGAAGGAAUAACUACAAUGGAAGGUGAAUGUGAGCAGACUCCAGAAGAACUGGAGGUAAUCGAGAAACACAGGGUGGGUGAAAUUGACAAGUUUGAAGAUGAAGGAACUGGUUUGGAGGAAUCAUCAGAAGCUGGUGAUUAUGAAGAAAAAGCUGAGACAGAAGAAGUUGAAGAACAAAUGGAAGAUAUUGAAGAAAGAGCCUCACUGGUAGAACAUCAUACUGGUGAGUUUGCCGAAACUGAUGAAACUGAGGAAGAGGUAGAAAGUGAUGUAGUUAAGCAUUUGAAGAGUAAACAUGAAGACAUGAUUGAUUCUGAGACAGCAGAAGAACAAGCUGAAGAAGACAUUGAUGAAAGUGCUGAAAAGGUUGAAGCUGACGAAACAGAGGAAGAGGUGGAGGAAGACAAAACAGAUGAUGCAAAGGAUGAUGAUGAAACUGAAAAGCUGGAAGCUGAAGACCAUUAUCUAACAGCUAUAAAAGACAAGUCAGAAAUAGUUAGUGACAACGAAGAUAAGUAUAUCCUGUCUUCAACACCAUCCAAGACCUCUGAGCCCCAGUCCCCAGCUGUUGAACCAGGGGCUUCAAUUCAUGAUGAAACUUUACCUGGUGGCUCUGAAAGUGAAGCAACUGCAUCCGAUGAAGAAAACCGAGAAGAUCAGCCAGAGGAAUUUACUGCCACCUCUGGAUUUACUCAUUCAACUAUUGAAAUCUCUAGCGAACCAACACCAAUGGAUGACAUGUCAACACCCAGAGAUGUAAUGAGUGAUGAGACAAAUAAUGAAGAAAGUGAAUCUCCAUCUCAGGAAUAUGUCAAUAUAACUAAAUAUGAGGCCAGCUUGUAUUCCCAGGAGUAUGACAGAACCAGAGUAUCACCACUUCUUGAAGGUUUGAAUGGGUUAUCUGAUGUGUCUAAAACAGAUGCUACCGAUGGCAAAGAAUACAAUGCUUCAGCUUCUACUAUCUCACCUCCAUCCUCUUUGGAGGAAGACAAAUUUUCCAAGUCAUCACUGAGGGAUGCAUAUACUCAUGGACACCUUGAUGUGAAAGGUUCCACAAAUCUGGAAAUUCAGGAUGAUUAUGAUCUGGAAGAAAGGUUAAGUCCAAGUAAAAGUCCUGCUCCUCCUUCACCAAUAUCUAAAACACCUUUAAGUGAGCGAAGUGUUAAUUUUGAUCUUACUCCUAAUGAAAUAAAAACAUCAGAUCUUGGUAUCCUACCACCUUUACAUGACCAUGAACAAGAUAUAACUGAACAGUGUCCUUCCCCAGAUGAUAAAAUUCUUGAAGUAGCUUCUCCUUCUCAAUCUGCCGCUGGAAGUGCUGGGCACACACCUUAUUAUCAGUCACCGACCGAUGAAAAAGCUUCAAACCUACCACCAGAAACAUUGCAAAAGACAUCUGUUCCUAUUGUCUUUGAAUUUUCUGAUACCAAAGAAAGGAGUGAAAGUCCCCAAAUAAGUCCUAUGGAUGAGCCAGUGCCAGAUUCAGAAUCCCCAAUAGAAAAAGUAUUAUCUCCAUUGCGCAGCCCACCAUUGAUAGGAUCAGAGAUAACCUAUGACCGAUUUUUAACUACUAAUACUAAAUCAUCUUCUGGUCAUGGAAGCACUGUCGAUGAGCAUUCCUCUUCUCAGAUUAGUCCUGUAUCUGAAAUGCUGUCUGAUGCCAUUUCUCAGGAACAUGGUGAAAAGAGUGAACUUUUCUCUAGUAAAUUAUUUGGUGUAGAGACAAAUACUUAUAAUGGCAAGCAUGCAGCAUGCCAUCUACUGGAUGGUGGAAAGCUUUCAGGAGAUGUUUCUCCCACUCAAAUAAAUACCAAUCCAUUCAUCUCAUUUAAGGAGGACACAAAAAUGUCAAUUUCUGAGGGCACUGCGUCUGAUAAGUCUGCCACACCUGUAGAUGAAGUUGUGGCAGAAGAUACAUAUUCCCACAUUGAAGGUGUUGCUUCAGUUUCCACAGCCUCUGUUGCUACUAGUUCAUUCCCAGAACCAACCACUGAUGAUGUAUCUCCUUCACUUCACGCUGAAGUCGGAUCACCUCAUUCCACUGAAGUAGAUGACUCUCUAUCAGUUUCAGUUGUUCAGACUCCCACAACAUUUCAAGAAACGGAAAUAUCACCGUCUCGAGAGGAAUGUCCCCGUCCAAUGUCAAUAUCUCCCCCAGAUUUUUCACCUAGAACGGGAAAAUCCUCAGCAUCAAUGCAAGAGCAGCGCUCACCAGAACAGUCAACUAUGGAAUUCAGUCAGGAAUCACCAGAGCAAUCAUUUGCUAUGGAUUUUAGCAGACAAUCACCUGAGCAUCCUGCAGUUGCCUCCAGCAUGCUUCACAUAUCAGAAAAUGGACCAACGGAAGUUGAGUACAGCCCCUCUGACCAUCAUGACACUUAUUUUGGAAAUAACAUUUCAGUGGACAAUGAUUUUUAUGCUGUAGAAAAAAAUAAACAACCAGCUGCUGAAGCUCAUGUGGAGGGCUCUCCAUCGUCAACCUCUGAACACUCACAAACUUCUUCUCCUUUAAAAGAAGAUGAUUCUUUAAAAGAUGUGAUUCAAAAUUCUGACAUGCCCUUGUAUUCUCCACCAAUACUUGAGCCAGAUUAUUUUAAGGAUGAUCAGUUCUCCCCUGGAGCAGAUGUUUCUCCAUUAACUUCAACACCAUCUUUACUAAGACAGUCCCCAGGCUCAACAGAUCCUACACAGAAGAUACAUUUGAGUGAUCAUAGUUCAGAGGCCCUAUUAUUAGAAGCUGGGGCUGAUGAACAAGAAAGCUUUCAAAUGAGAGCUUUAAAUUCAGUAGUUAAGGAACCCACAAUUCUCUAUAAUACAAACCCCUUUGCUUAUGCAGCAGGACUUGAUGGCAAAGACAAUUUAGGUGAUGCUUAUGGCUAUUCCAGUGAAGCAAAUGACCGCUUUUCUCCCUUAGACAAAUCACCUUUCGCUGAACACAGGCAAGAGGUUGACCUUUGUCUUGUGACUGCCUGUGAAUAUAAGCACCCAAAAACAGAACUGUCACCUUCUUUCAUUAACCCAAAUCCUUUAGAAUGGUUUGCAAGUGAGGAACAAGAACGGGAAAAACCCAUAACUCAACUUGGAGGAGGGCAGCCUCCUUCAGGAGGAAAACAGAAAUCCCGCCAGUGUGACGAAACACCCCCAACAUCUGUAAGUGAAUCAGCCCCAUCCCAGACAGAUUCUGAUGUCCCACCUGAAACAGAAGAAUGUCCGUCUAUAACAGCAGAUGCAAACAUAGAUUCCGAAGACGAAUCUGAGACUAUUCCUACUGAUAAAACUGUAACUUAUAAACACAUGGAUCCUCCUCCUAUUCCAAUGCAAGAUCCAAGUCCAUCUCCAAGGCACCCUGAUGUCUCAAUGAUGGACCCAGAGACUCUUCCUGUAGACCAUAACUUAGGCAAACCUAUGAAAAAGGACAUUAAGGAAAAAGGAAAAACAAAGAAAGUCGGAAGCAAAACAAAGUCAUCUUCUCCAGCUCGGAAAAGUGAUAGUAAAUCAAAAACUGCAGCAGCCUCUCCGAAACCUGGGCCUAUCAAGGAAACCAUGGAAAAGAGUGCAAAGACUGCAGCUCCCAGAAAGAAAGACUCUAUAGAGAAAGGUCCAAAGGUUUCCCCAACCCAAGAUCUCAAGUCAUCAAAGGUAGAAGAAAAAGAUAAAGAGACCAAGAAUGCUACAAAUAUAAAUACUACGAAAUCAUCUAAAACGGGAACUACAGGAGGUGGAUCUGCGAAAUCAUCGAAGUCUGCAGCUGUACCCCCAGGUCCCCCAGUAUACCUAGAUCUGGUCUAUAUACCCAAUCACAGCAACAGCAAGAAUGUUGAUGUGGAGUUUUUCAAGCGGGUACGAUCCUCAUACUAUGUAGUGAGUGGAAAUGAUGCAUCAGCUGGAGAACCUAAUCGGAAUGUGCUGGAUGCUCUUCUAGAAGGCAAAGCUCAGUGGGGAAGUAAUAUGCAGGUUACGUUAAUUCCUACUCAUGAUUCAGAAGUCAUGCGAGAAUGGUACCAGGAGACACACGAGAAACAGCAGGACCUCAAUAUAAUGGUGUUGGCCAGCAGCAGCACUGUUGUUAUGCAAGACGAAUCCUUCCCAGCAUGCAAGAUUGAACUGUGAGGAAACCGCUACUCACUGCCGCACCUUAACACAGCUGAUUAAUGGAAAUGUCACCUAGAGAUUACAUAUAACUGCAGAGCUAUAUAUUGCCCAAUGCUAUCCUGUGUCUUGCCAACACAGAUGUCAGUUAUAUAUAUAUAUAUAUAUAUAUAAAUACAUAUUUAUCAUCUCAAUGGCAAACUAAAACAUUCACGUCAUUGCAAGCUCAACUAUCCAGGUUUAUUAUACAGGUUUGUAGGACUUGCUCUUGUACACAUCAGUUCACCUUAGCCCACGAUGGGAACUUUCCUCUUGAUUGAAAGACAAUGAGAGAGAAGAAGGACCUUUGCAAUUGGACAUUUUGUGGCAUCACUUUACUAGGUUAACUGGUUAACGUCUAUAGCAUGUUGUGUUGUGUAUCGA